AUGGCAAUUGGCAAGGCGCUGCCCUCAGAAGAGCGUGUUUCUGAGCCGCAAAUUACACAUCUUCCCGAAGUAGAAGACUCUCAGCCUGUGAUUCUCGAGCCUUAUCACGUCGAUUUGCUUCCUGAAUAUGGCUACGUCAGUCGGGAGUAUCUUAUAAGCGGUGUGGCUGCUGGCAAAUCUUAUUGCACGCGUCUCCUUCUACGAUGCCCCGCUGAUUCGAACCAAUUCAGUGGGCUAGUCGUGGAAGAGCCAUCGCAUCUGUGGGGGGGAACAAGCAUUUGGCGCCAUAUAAAUCGAUGGUUAAUGAGAAAAGGCCAUGCGUGGCUGGAAGUUGAUUCACAGUCUCCUUCAGCGAUUGGGAAAAUCAAGAACCUCGAUCCCGAACGAUAUAAAAAUAUGCACUUCAUUCCUGGUCCCCUUGCAGACGAGUUUAUGGAGAAUAUACCAUUCCUGACAAAUGUCACACGGAAGAUGUUGGAGCAAUCAUACGUUGACUUCAAGGAGAAGUGGUGGCCCGCGACAACUCAAUCUCCGGAGAUUAUUGCAGCGGCUUCCUACGCUCUCCGUUCAGGAAAGUUGGGAAUCAUAGCCACCAGAGUAAUUCUAACAGGUCUCUCCCAAACAGGAGGAGUUACCCGGCGCUUCAUUACACACUCAUCUCAUCUUAGACUGCCCGACGGCAGUCUCCCAUUUGAAGCGUAUAUUCCCUGCCAGUCUGGCGGAGCAGCCCUACCAGACGUCCCAGGAGCCAAGAUCAUUGAACUCCUUGGCGAGUCAGAAUUUCAAUCCGUUCGACUGCCGUGUGGCGUCAGCGGCCAGAUACUCGGUGUCUCUCAUCGACGCGCUGAGAGCGAUUCCUUCCGGCUCUAUGAGAUAGCAGGCAUGGCUCAUCGCGAAUCACGGUAUCCUUCGGAUAUUGACAUCAAGAGGUGGUCAGUUGCAGAGCUUCAUGGGGCGAAAUGGAGUACAUUUGCCAAUUCGUUCAUUUACCACGCUGUGUUUGAUGCUAUGGAUCGCUGGACGAGCAAUGAUGAAUUUGCCCCUCCUUGUAGCUCCACCAUGCAAACCAUUGGCUUGAGUGAUGAGAUUAUUCGAGAUGAACAUGGAAAUGCCAUCGGAGGAGUAAGAACACUGCAUACGGAUGUGCCGUUGUCUCGAAUUGUUGCGGCCACCCCAAAGGGGCGGCCAAACUGGUACUGUGGUUCUGAGUGGGCAUUUGGACCUGAGCUUUUGCAACGAUUGUAUGGCACGGUGGCCAACUAUCGUCGUCUUGUCGGGCUAGCUAUCAGCAAGCAAAUACGGGCUGGAUUUUUACUCCCAGAGGAUGCCGAAGUACUCCGCCGCGAAACUGUGGAAAGCGUUAGCUUUUAA